UCCUACGGGCGUUGAAAAGGGGUUUCCGAUCAGGAACUCCACCGUCUCGCCGAGUGAAAACAUCCUCAACAGCCUCGAGCAGCAGUUACCGAUGGAAAUGUGACGGAGGUCGUGGUCCGCCGGAUUGUACAGGAGACGUCAGCGACCAAAGCUUCGAGGCCGUCACCAAGAAGAACACAGAGACCACCGGCCAGCUGAGAGAGAAGAACCGGAGAGCGAGGACAAAACUGACGGCAGCUCAGACGGAAGGAGCUCAUAUAAAAAGGGCGGCGUUCGCCGACGAGGAGACCUGCAGCAGGAUGCAAAGAAAGGAAAACCAUGCAACACUGCAGCAGCAGGUGUUUUCCAAGGCAAAGCUCCUCAACUCCAUGAAGCACGCCACGAGAACUCUCCAGCAGCACCUGGACGAGCUGAAGAUGGAGCAGGAGAGGCUGAAGCAGCAGCACAGCCGUGAGGCGGUGGAGGACACUGUGAGACUGCGGAGAAUGGAGAACAGUCUGGAGACUUCUCGCCUCAAGUUGAGGUUGGUCCAAAGCAUCGCAGCUUCAACGCAGAAACUCAUAAAUCACUUUAAGGACCAGAGCCGGACUCAUGAAGGCCAGCUGGAUGCUCUGGAAGCUGAGAUCCUGAAGGAAAGAGGGAAGCUUCAGAAGCUGCAGGUCAAGAAACUCAACGCUCAGCUUCUCAGAGACGCCUGUCAGGCGGAACAACAGCAGCAGCAGCAGAAGGAAGAACUUCUCCUCAAAGACCUCAAGGAGAAGGAGCAGAGAUCAGGAUAUUUCAUCAAGAAGCUGAAAGACAAUGACAAUGCUGAAAAAACGGAGAAAAAAUCUGAUGGGAUGAGAUUUGAGGCCCAGGACAGCACCAGCAGCCUGGCAGACGAGGAGAAGACGGUCCCCUCUGCCUACGAGGAGGCCUUCAGACUCAUCACAGACUCCACCGGAAUCACCGACGUAGAGGAUUUAGUGGAGCGCUUCGCCUCACAGAGGGACACUCUGAACGCUUUGGAGGGUUCGAAGGUUAAAAGCAAGAAGGAGGAGCUGGAGCUCGCCGAGCAGCUGACACGUCUCCAGAAAGAGCUGCAGGAGGUGAAGCACCAGGGGGCAGCUUUACUGUUCAGUGAGCAACAGAACCAGGAGGAGCACCGACUCCAGCUGCAGGCUCAGCAGCUGAGGUGCGACGCCGCCAAACGGCGCCUGGACUCGCUGGAGACGACCCUCAGUACUGCGAGGAGCGAUGUGGAGAGCCUGGCGCAGAAACUGCAGCACAUUGAAAUGAGUGAGCAGACAGGCAGUACGGUUCCUCCAGAUUCACCCGAGUUCAUCCUGGAGCUUCUGACCAUAUGCAAAUGGAAAUUGCAGCUGUUAUACGAUCACCUGGAGGGCAAAGAUCCCGAUGCCAUCAUGGAGGAGAUGAAGAAGGACAAGGAGUUCCAGAACUUCCUGGAGAAGAACCUGCCAGAGAGCAACGUCAGAAUCAAACGGCUUGAUAGAGAAACUCCAGACCAGACCAAGGAAGAAGACAUGUGGGGCGUGGACGAGGACACCAUCGCAUCCCGGGAAACUCUGAAGAAGAAGUCUCAGUUGAUCUUUGAGUCCAACACUAAGAAGAACCCCUGGAAGAAGAAGACAACCCGGAUGUGAGCCGACAGAAACCUCUGGAAGCCCCGCCCACCUGCUUUCAGUGUUUGAAAAUAAAAGAAAGAAUCAGUAAAA